GAGGCCAGUCUGGCAGGCGUCGGGGUUUGCACCAGGGCAGGUUCUCCUGGUUUCCUUCCUCCCUAGGUUUCCCACUCUUUGACCACAGACGUCCAUCAGCUCUCUGUCCCUUCUGCUCCUCUGGGCCACGUACGCACCAAGCCUGUGGCCAUGCCGACCGUAUCGCGGGCCCUCGCGGAAGAAAGCGCCAAUGGUGCAUAUACUGGACCCGUUGUCCGGAAUCCUCUAGCACCCGUUCCAAAGGCGUCCGGAAAACUGGGCAGGGGCAUGCUGGCUCUCAGAGACCGCCUCAACCGAACCCUGAAUGAUCCUGAGGCUAGGGAUGCCGAGAUGAAGGAGGUGGAGGCCAUCCUUAACGAAGCCCAGCCCUACCUGAGCCCUUCGCUUACACGUGGCUUCCGAAACUUGCUGGAGACUUGGGAGCUCAUUGUGCCUAGUAUCGCUGGGCGGCCCAUUCCACAGGAGGAGCUUUGGAACGUGGACAUAGUUGCAAAAUAUGCUCGAGAGUAUCUAGUCAUCAGAUUCCGGAACACAGAGGGCCGAGACGGUCAACAAUAUGUCAAGGCUACCACCCUUCAAUACUGGCGCACCAUCCUUGCUCAGUGCGUUGUCAAGUACACCUCUGACACGGAGGGCAAGCGUUGCGGAGGGCGUCUACUUGCUGCAGGUGGCUUGUACACCGAGCUGGAAACCCAGGUUAAUCACUUGAUUGUCAAGUAUCAGCUAGACCGUCACCUGGAGCCUAAGGAGUACUAUGGGCGCAACGAAUUCCAACUUGUCAUUCAGAAGGCUAUCGAGACGGCCACUCUGGACGACGUUUUCAUGCGCCUUCAGACGUUGUGUGCAAUGGCGUUUGGAUUUGCUGCUGGGCCUCGGGCAUCAACCUUAGCCCCAUGUGCUCCCGAGUAUGCAGAACGUGGACUUUAUCCAAAACUGGAGGACAUCAGGCUGUUCCGAGAGAACGGAGGAAUCACUGUGCAUUUUCAUGCCAAGCAUUUCAAGGGUGCUAAUGGCCCCGGAAAUGGAAAGGAGCAACACUUGGUGUUCUCAGCCGCAGAGAACUGGUACAACGUUGUAUUUGAGUUGAGCGUGUGGCUUUGCCAGUGCCUGAUCUACAGGGGUGCCCUUUAUUACAAGACCGCCGAAGAGCUGAUGGCUGGCAAAGAAGCUGAGGUCUUGAUUCGCCCAGAAUUCAAGACGCAGCCUCUCUUCACCGCAGGCGAACCUGGUGGUAGAGAAGGCAACCUCACAGACCCAGUGCCGCAGACUGCAGGCGCGAUGUCCAACAACAUAUCCCACCUCUGCCAGCUGGCCGGAUUGAAGUCGUCUGGAAUGUAUGCAUUUCGCAGGACCACAAUUGAUGGAUUCGCCCGUGAAAUAUCUGUAGAUAUAGCAUCGGCGAUCGCAGGACAUGACCAGGACGUGCAAGCCGUGUUUAAGAAGCACUACUGGCGCGGGGUAGAGAACAUACCGCUUCUUGCAAUACGCUUAGGAGAGAUGAAGGGCCCAAAUUCAGCCAUGGCCGAAGCAGCCACAAAGCAACAAAUGUUCACGUCAGCAGCAGUAAGAUGCCUUGUGACCCAGAGGGCUCGCGAAGCUGCUGGAUAUGAGGCGCCCCAAAGGCAAGCUGCUAAAGCUGCCCAACAGUUGUCAGACGAGGCGCUCCAGGCCAUCAAGGAGGAUCCUGAGAUGGAGCAGGCAUCCCGUGAGAUUGAGCGCGGCUGGGACAUCAUGUACGCCCUUUUCCCCGGAGGGGCUAGGGGCUACCGGGAUGAUCUGGUGGAAGACAAGGGGCGUGUGUUCCGAUUGCGACAAGAUCUCCAGCCCUUGUCCUCAACUACAGAAGAGGCAUUAAACGACGCGGAGGCUAUCUUGUUUGCCGCUGUGGACAAGCGCCACAAAAUCGAAAAGAAGCUCAAGAAGAAGGCCCGUUCGGUGGAAUUGAAGGCCAGGCUGCAUGCCGAACAUACCGGGGUUUUGAGCUAUGACACUGCAGAGAAUCGCUUGGAUGCAAUUGAGUCGUUCAAGCAACCCAUGUCAACGCUCAGGAACAUAUUGGAGGCCAACAGGAAAGGGGUCGCCGGAGUCAUUGACCCCUCGAUGCUGCGAUUCACUUCUGAAACCUGGGAUUCCAUGGAGGACGAAGAAGACGCAGAAGUUGAAGACAUAACCGGAUCCAUGGCAAAAUUCGAAAAGCACCUGCGCUUCUACUCCAAGCCCAACCCUAAGGGCAAGCAGCCUGCAGAGGAGUCCCAGCAGAUGACUCCGCCAUCUGAGUUUGCAGAACCAGACGGAGAGUCCUCAGAUAUGAUUGGCUUCCAGCCGCCCGAGGGUGGUAUCUCUGACAAGCCCUUUGACGCUGCAGAGACGACCGGUAACAUUGUUGAGGGUGGCGAGAUGGACGUGAGCGAAGUCAGGGUGCAGUUCAUGGACUAUGUACUCAAGCCUGUGAGGGAAUACCGAGCGAUGAGGACCUACUGGCAGAAGGACGGCAAAUGCCUAUCUUGUCAGGCGUACAUACAUGACGACGCACGGAUGAACAAGCAGUGGACCCGCUUCACAAACCUAUCCCGUCACAUCCAAGAGAAACAUAACCCAUGGGCGGAAUUAGAACAGCACAUGUACUUGCCGGAUGGCCAAUUUGGCUGCCCUUUGAAGGCCUGUGACUUUGAGGCAAAGAGCAUCAAGCUGGUCCGGGAACACUGCCUGAAAGGGUGCGAACACAGCAAGGAGUUCCGGGCAAUCAAAGAGGAGCAUGACGGCUAUCGAAUGGCAAGGAAUGAGGCAGGCGCAGCAUGGAAAGCGAAGAAGAAAGGCAUGAGCGACAAGGCAGUUGCUGAGACAGGCGCCUCCAACUUGGACACUGUCGCAGAGUCCAUUCAAGCAGCCCAAGCUCCAGUCAGCACUGAGGCUCCGGUCGUUGGGGCCCCAGCAGCUGCUGGACACAGUGCCAAGGCCUCCCAUCAAAAGGCUAAUCAUGGCGACCUCAGCUUGGAAGAACGCCUUGCUGCAGCUCAAAGCACCCUCCCCUUAGAUGUGAAGUCAACAUGCGAGCAGCUCCAGCAGCUGGACGUCAAUGCCUUGCUCUCCCUGGGAUGCAAGGUGAGUAGCCAUUUAUGUGCCUGUUAGGCUCGCGGCCCAGCUCAUAUUCUGCAGCACGGGGUUCUUGAAGAAGGG